GAAAAUCCUGUUCGCUUCUUCGAAUUUGGCACACAUUAAAUAUAUAUUCGUCUUAAGAUGUUGUUGGAGUGUCACCGACUAGCACCUACCUGGUCCCUUGUGCCGCUAAUACACGGCAGUUGAAGUUAUUUUCUUUUCCGACUGUAUGCGGUGUUCUCUGCUCCACCAAACAAGAGCUGCAAACAGGAGCAAAACAUGCGCACAGAGCUCUUUGGGCAAGCAAAAGCAAACGUCGGCGAGAGAAGAGUUUCAUUCGUUUGACGAACGUCGGUGUGUGAAGUAUACGUUGAUCCUAGCGGCCGAAUACCUUUCACUAGUCGAAUAAUAGAACAAAAAGAAAAUAUUAAAUCCAAAAAUCCAUUUCACUGGGGGUACCACCAGUGACGAAUAUUGAAAAAAAGUGUGUGUAUUGAAUUCACAAAAGAAAAACAAAUGCCAACAUUUCGAAAAUUGCGUUAAUGCACCAGUGCCGUAUUGGAAUAAUUUAACAUUCGUCUUUUUUACAACAAAAAAAUAAACAAAAAGUCAAAGCGCGCCUGUGGUUGUGUGCGAGUGCGUGUGUGUGUGUAUCAUAGCAAAACAUAAUUAAUGGCAAUGAUUUGUGCUCGGUAUCUAUUAAGUUUUCCUGGCAAAAUUGCUCCUUAUGGAUACUAAAAUGUGGAUUUAAAUCGAAUAUCCUUUCCCGUAGAACGGAUGUCUGGCUCAAGUUUCUAAACAUGCAGACAAUCAAUAUGUCGGUUUUUUCUAUAUCACCUGGCCAUGCUAGGAAUGGCUAAACCAAAUUGAUUUUUAUUUUAUUUGACAAAAGACAACAACAAAAUACAAUAAUAUUUCGCCAAACGAACAGGGUCAUGUCUAUAAGGGGUUCGCUGUUAACCUAUGAGAACAAUAACGACAUCGUCACAAAAACUAAGAAACGCUCAUCUAUUCUACAUUCGAAACAUUUCAAUAGCAGCAUCUCGUCGACGGCUACAUACGAGUCUAUGGGUAAAACUGUGCCAUCCAGUCUAAAUUCGAGCAUUUCGAAUUCGGUUUUAACCAGCGGCAGCAGCCAAAGCCAAAGUGGUAACCAUCACCAGCUUCCGACGCAUCCGAAUUUCCAGGGGAAUCAUUUGCCCGGGAAGUACAUGAACUCCAAAAGAAAACAUGCCAAAUACAACAACAUGUAUUCCAACAUGUAUCCCGAUCACAACAACUAUUUGCACUUGAACUCGCUGUGGUCCAUUUGGUAUGGCGUUCUACUGACGUUGUUCCAGGGCUAUUUGGCCGUGCACGGGGCAUAUCGAUUUCUGGGCUGCUCUCUGAUAUCAUGGAAAAUAGAGCCGGUGGCUGAGCUUAAUUUGCAAAUUAUUUUAUCCGGUGUGGUUUUUAUUCUGCUGCCAUUCUUCUUCACUUCCGCCGUAUUCAAAGUUGGCAAUAUGGCCAAUGACGGAAUUAAAUUGGCGACCAGCAUUAAGGAGCAACGCUGCUCCAUGGCACCCCACGACGGUCUGGAGGAAGAAUCACGAGGUGGCACUCUGCGGGCCCUGUGGACACACGGCGGACCGACCGCAGCCUUUGUCCACAUUGUAAUCGCCAUGUGUCUGUUGCUGCCGCGACUGCUACUCGAGGCUCGGAUAAUUGAAAAUGGACUUUUGCCAAGAGAAACUAUUUGGCAAACUGAAUUGGAUUUUAUGAGCGUCAAUCGUCGACAUCUCGUUGUGAUGUCGGUAAUGGCUUCGCCUUAUCAAAAUGACACUCGUACUUAUGAGUCGCAAGAAGAUGAUGAAUAUUUGAAUGACACCAUUUUCAGUGAUGAAGGUGGUGGUGGUGGAGGUGGGGGCGGUGCCACCAUCACCGGUGGCAAUGCCAAUAGCUUGUGGAGUACCGACUUGCGACACCAGUAUGGCAGCAAUAAACGAAAGAAUGUCAUAUUGCCAGCAGUUGGCAAGAGCAGAUUCCUUGAAUUGCCGGAUUUAAUUGAAGCUGUCGAAAAUCAAAGCACAAAGUAUGACAAAUUCCAGGGUAAAGCAGGAGAGGAUGCUAAAAUACCAAUGAAAGCUAAAGGCACUGGCACCGCGAAGUCAUCGGAAAAACAAACAACAGAAAAUGGCAUUCGUCAAAAUGGAGACAAUCGGCAGGCAAAAGGAAAUGACUGGAUAACAAUAGAGGAUGAUAUAAGAAAAGCCAGAACCACGACGACGUCGACGACGAUGGCAACAACAACAACAUCUACUACUACUGCUACCGCUGCUGCUGCAGAAACAACAACCUCACCAAUUUCAAGUACCACGACAUUAAUAAGAACAACUUCUUCUGCUGGGACAACAAAAUUGCCAACUUCCACCAAACCAACACCCUCCAUGAAAACAACAGCAACAAGAACCAUAACAAAUAAAUUAACCACCCAGAAUAUUAAUAAUAAUAACAUCGCCAUUGAUGCCACAACCUCGGCGAUGACAACAUGGUCCGAGGAAACAUCUUCUUUUGGCAGCGGAGAUCCCUUCUUUCCCGCCAUUACUCAGCCCUCAGCCGCAACGUCAACUGAAAUUCAGAGAAUUGCUUUGGCCCCAACCAAACAUCACCAACAUCAUCAUAGCUCCCACAGUGGCAAAUCAUCGCGCCGACACAAUGGCCAUCAUCGGCAGAGAAAAAUUUCCAAUUCGUCUGCCUCACAGCGUAGAACUCACCACCAUGGUGGCCGACGCUCGGGUGAAAUUAACAGUGCCAAUAUGCCUGAGGGUCUGGAAGACUUUCCACCUAAGGUCAAUCGUUUCGAUGAAUUUGAGUAUCCCUCAACGGGUCGUAUCUAUGAACACAGACCCUCAUCUUUUGAGGAGCUGGACAUUGGUCGUGCCAGAGCUGCUAUAUAUCCCAAAUCGUCGACCACAAUAAGUACGACAACACGCGACAGUAACAUACACAUCGUCAAGCCCGAAAAAUUGCCCGAGAUUGUGCCCUCCACCCCGGUCUCAAGCAAUUCGAAAAUUAUUGAAAUUAAAAGUAAAUCAGUGAAGAGACUCAAGCGCCAACUUUCACUCCCCGAAGAGAGUCAAGUGGAAAUCGAACCCGAGUAUUUGGUGGGAGAUUUAAAUCUAAACGAUUCCAGCGAAUAUCUAGUCGAGAUGACCACCAUUGAUACAUCUACGCCAAGUACCGAUGUAGAUCUCCAACCAAACAAUGGCAAUGUGAGGCUGGACGGAUUUGCCGGAAUGUUGCAGCUAUUCUUUGGCAUUGAGAAACCCAUCGAUGUGAAUAUCUUUACUCAACCGCCCAGUGCGGAGUUUGUGAAUCUGGUGUUCGCACUGCUGGUAUGGUGUGUCCGUUACCCAGCCGUCUUCUGGAACACCGCCAAAUCAUUUGCUACCGUGUUCAGUGUCCAGAUGAUAGCCACCGCAUGCGAUAUCAUUUUCAGUUUCGUUGGAAUAUCGAAUCUCUUCAAACUGCAAAUCUACAGUGAAGCUCAGCCCAUCCAAAAUCCUGGCUUAAUACUGAACGCCACCGUUACGCUUGCCCUGUUCCUUCUCUCGGCUAUAUUAAUGUUGUCUUCCUCAAUGAUCAUGUAUUUGUAUGGCCAUGGACGCUUGGCUGCCAAAAUGCGAGACCGUUCUAUCAUCACCCUAAAGUCGAGCCAGUCGUGGAUAUAUUUUGCCCAUUGUGCAUCGCUGUGCUAUGUGCUGGCAUUGUCAGUGGUGAAGGCGCCGCUGCUCAAUGAUUUAAGUGCAACCUAUCGACACAAUUUGCAUUGUCCCACAUUUAUGGCGGCCUUGGUAAGCGUUAUGCACAUUCUACUUUGGAUUGUGAUCUGGCUAUGCCUGACCAUUAAGCGUAAAUGGAGUUUCAAAUUACCACCAUUGGAUGCAUAUUCCAUCAUUGGAAAGGCUACCACACAGCCUCUGCUAAUGCAUAAUCGUGGCAGUUUAACAAAUACCACAACCGCCAGCUUGAACAAUUCCACUAAUUUGGGUGGCAACACAUCAUCAAUCGGAACGGGCGACAGCAGUGGAGGUGGCGGUGAACACAAAAUAAAUGGUUCGGAGCAUGGUGGUGGCGGAGGUGUUGGUUGUGGCAGUCGCAUGACCAAUACACCCAGUGCAGAUGGCCUGAACGACAGCAUGGCUGCCGAAGAUAUCUAUUGGCCGAAACUGCAGCCAAGUUCACCAAAGUUAAAAGUUACAUUCAAUGAAGUUACGAGUACGUGUGACGAUGAUAAUCAUCAUCAUCGACUAAUUGCUGGUGACCAUCACCAACAAAACGAUGGCAAGCGCAAUACGGCCCGUGGAACCGCGUUAUGUUUUGCCAGUGCUACGGGGGAAAUUGAUGACGGAGAAUAUGCGACACUAAGAUCUGCUCCGCCAGCCAAUGCGAUGGGAGGUGGUGCAACAGUGGGCAACACCAUUGGCUGUGGCAUCUCUUCGAAGGCUCCACCGGCUGGCGGUGUUAGCGUUUUACGCCUAAGCGAGUAUGAAGAAUUACCACCACCGCCACAACAUUUGAUCUCAUCAAUGGUAACAACCGGCGGCCAUACAUCAACAUCUAUGAAUUCCCACAGAGAUUAUGUCAAUUGUCCGAAUAGUGGUAGCAACGGCAUGCUAGGAGACGAUAACAUCUCAGAGGAGGGCAAACUCCUGGCCUGUGUGAGGGAUGACAGUGUAACAUAUGCUUCGACAAGAGACUUGGAGCCGCCUCUUCCGCCACCACCACCCAUAGCGGACAGGGCCCCACACGCCAUACCUGAGAUUUCUUCUCCGGAGCAUCUAGUCAGUCCAUUGGCACCUGUGACGGUUACUGUCCAUGCAAAUGAAGCUCAUAUAACAUCAAGUUCCACACCUCGCUGUUUACGCCGUGCUGAUUCGGGUGUUCCUCAGGAAGCCUUAACACCGCGCAGUGACACCACAUCAAUGGGCACAGAAAGUACAACUUCACCACCCGAUCGAGCUCCUUCCGAAUCGUCAAGUGGCGUCCACUCUGCCGAAGAACGAGAAGUAGAAGUUGUUAUAAGGCCACGUCCCGCCUGUAAGCCACCUGCCAAGCCCCCACAGCCCGCUAUACAAGAGGAGCCUUACGGCCGUUGCACUAAUAUGCGCAUGUCCAGCUUCGCCAGCGGAGGUGCCAAUGCCAAUAGUGCUACUCUGCCACCACAACGCUCACAGCCAGAACAAAAAUUCGAUUACUCGCAACAUUGCAGUACCAUGCCGCUGCCGUCGAAUGGACACUUCUCCCAUCCGCAGUCACAACAAUCGCAAUCGGCCGUGUAUGCCACAUCCGCCCACUGCAUGACCCAAUCACUGAAUGCCGGUUCCAAUAUGACCUCAUUCAAAACACCCCUAUAUGCCAAUUCGGGAGUGGCCAUGUCUGGUCAUAACAAUACCGCCCAUUGCUAUCAGGACCAGUCGGCGCCACCACCCCCACCUCCACAGCAUCCGUCACAAGUGACGCAUACCACACUGCCCAAUGGCGUACGCUACUCCAAUCCCAAUAUUCUAAGACGUCUGCCGUAUGUAAAAGGUGCUGAAUCGCCAUAUGGUCACCUGGGAUUGGGAGCAGGUCAUCAUGCUUUUUCCAAAAACGGCUAUGAAAACACCCUCUUAAAUUCAACCAUACCAGAAGACCGUGACUCUGCCAACUAUUCAAUGACCUCCGACCAGGAUUGUCUUUAUGCCACAGCCAAUCCACUGCAUUAAAUCCAGCGAGGCCUAUGCUAAAGCCCAUAGACCGGCCGCCGACGAACACCCGUGUAAAUGUUCCAAAAAGAAAACAAAAACACAUUUUCCGUUUGUUUUUGUUCUUGUACUCCUACAACGUAUAACUAUAGUAUUCAUAUGCGUACAUACAUACAAUUAAACAUCUAACUACUCUAAUUGACAAAGAUAAUGGCAUGGAAACAUGUUGACUAUUUCCCCCCAAAAUUGAAUCUACAUACCUAACUUGCAUACAUUGCAUACAUAUAAAUCUAAUCUAUACCAUUGCAUACGCUUGCGUAAAUCAUACAGUGUAUGAUUUAUGUACAUACAUACUUAUAAAAAAAUAAAAAGCAUUUCACUAAUCACCCAACUCCUCUAGAACGCUCAUCCAAAAAAAAAAAAAACGUUUUUUGCGUCAUUCGUCAACCUAAUUUCGUGCAAAUCAUACCCCCACCCCCAAAUACGCUCAUAUCAUUAUAUAGCAAUAUAUAAUAAGUAUGAAACCCUCAAUGCUUGAUAAUCUCAUCGCGUAGAUAGCUCUAAUGCGAGUUUAACCUUAACAUAAUCGAUGGUUUGGACCACUCACACACACACACACAAAUGUUCGUGCAUACAUGCAUCCAUAUGCAAGGCAAGUUUGGUUCUGGUUCCGUUUCACUUGCGUACCAAGUUCAAGUUGAUAUUUCGCCACGAUUUACUCUCCUAUUCUUUUCAUUCAAUCCUUCGUACAGACAAAUACGGUCUGGAGUAUGUGCCUUCUUCUUCUGUGUAACAAUCAGAAGUUCUGUGAUUUACCAAAAAAGAAAAUUGCAAAUAUUUAAGAAAUUAUUAGCUCCAGAACACAAACAACAACAACAUUGGACACAUUUUCAAUAUAUCAUAUAGAAAAUAAGAUUAAAAGUUAUUGUUAGAAAAUAAUCCAACAUAGGAUCUAGUCUGAAGCUAUUUCAAUGUAUGUAUGGCUUCUACGAGCGCGGGUAUGUGUGUGUAUACAUUUGUCCUUCAUCGAAAACCUACAUGAUAAGUAAAGUUAAUACAAAAUGUGAUUGGUUUAGUCUAAUAUACAAUAUAUUUAAAAAAUACUUUUACACAAAAUGCGCACAAUAUUUACCAUGUUUCGCUUUUUAGAACAAAUAGGUUUGCCUCAUUGUUUUCAUUUGUUCUUAGGAAGCAUUUUGAUAGUUUUAUUUCUAUAAAUCCACGGUUAAUGAUUUCUUCAACGUUCGACAUUUAUUGCGUUUCAGAAAACCUACUUCAAGUUUGGUAUAGACUUUUUUUUCGAAAUUCAUCAAAUGUGUAUGUACAUAUUGCGUUCCCACUCAAAACUAAACCCAAUCAUUAUUGGAACAAAAUAGUUUUGCUUAGUAUUUUCCUUUCAAUCACCUGCAUAACAAAGCAAUAAAUAUUUUUCGAAUAAAGUUGACAUCUAACGUACAUACAUAACUAUUUAUCACAAAGGCUAAAAUAUUUACUAGGUUUAAUGUCUUAUAGAAUAACAACAAAUUGGAAUACAAUUGCAAAACAAAACAAAAAAAAAAAAAAACCUUCACGGGAAUGGUACCAAAAUCAUAAAUAAAUGUUAUGCCUAUAAAAUCUAUAAUAAUUAUAAAAAUAAAAAUUAUACGCAUAAAUAUAUUUAUUAAAAUUAUGUUUUAAGAAAUAUUUUAUCAUAAUAAUUAUUUGAAAAAUUUGCUAACUUUUAUACAUACAAUCAUAUACAUACAUACAUAUAUACACUACACUUUCGGUAUAUGGAGAAGAAAAUAAACUCGAUCUUUGAUACAUUGGUUCAAUUUUAAAAUGUAAACAGACAAUUUUGGACAAAUAGACAACCACUCUGGCCGAUCUACCGACUGUGGACUUAAUAUAAAAAAAAUGUAAAACACAAUCAUCGUUUUGAAAUUGAUUUUUAUACAAUUUGUUUUGAAGAGAUUCACCACAAAUAUAUGUACCCACGAAUGAUAAAUAUACAUCAUAUCACUUUUAUACAAACAUGCAACAAAGCCAAUGAAACAAACAGAGAGAUACAAUAAUACAUAAUGAAAAAAUACAAGAAAAAAUAAAUAAAUUUUAUCAUAAUUAAAAAACAUUUUUUUUUUAUUUUUGUUUGCAUAAAUCGCUAACUCGAUAUUCCCCAGUUUAACCUUAACAUAAUCGAUGAUUUGGACCACUCACACACACACACACAAAUGUUCGUGCAUACAUGCAUCCAUAUGCAAGGCAAGUUUGGUUCUGGUUCCGUUUCACUUGCGUACCAAGUUCAAGUUGAUAUUUCGUCACGAUUUACUCUCCUAUUCUUUUCAUUCAAUCCUUCGUACAGACAAAUACGGUCUGGAGUAUGUGCCUUCUUCUUCUGUGUAACAAUCAGAAGUUCUGUGAUUUAACAAAAAAGAAAAUUGCAAAUAUUUAAGAAAUUAUUAGCUCCAGAACACAAACAACAACAACAUUGGACACAUUUUCAAUAUAUCAUAUAGAAAAUAAGAUUAAAAGUUAUUGUUAGAAAAUAAUCCAACAUAGGAUCUAGUCUGAAGCUAUUUCAAUGUAUGUAUGGCUUCUACGAGCGCGGGUAUGUGUGUGUAUACAUUUGUCCUUCAUCGAAAACCUACAUGAUAAGUAAAGUUAAUACAAAAUGUGAUUGGUUUAGUCUAAUAUACAAUAUAUUUAAAAAAUACUUUUACACAAAAUGCGCACAAUAUUUACCAUGUUUCGCUUUUUAGAACAAAUAGGUUUGCCUCAUUGUUUUCAUUUGUUCUUAGGAAGCAUUUUGAUAGUUUUAUUUCUAUAAAUCCACGGUUAAUGAUUUCUUCAACGUUCGACAUUUAUUGCGUUCCAGAAAACCUACUUCAAGUUUGGUAUAGACUUUUUUUUCGAAAUUCAUCAAAUGUGUAUGUACAUAUUGCGUUCCCACUCAAAUCUAAACCCAAUCAUUAUUGGAACAAAAUAGUUUUGCUUAGUAUUUUCCUUUCAAUCACCUGCAUAACAAAGCAAUAAAUAUUUUUCGAAUAAAGUUGACAUCUAACGUACAUACAUAACUAUUUAUCACAAAGGCUAAAAUAUUUACUAGGUUUAAUGUCUUAUAGAAUAACAACAAAUUGGAAUACAAUUGCAAAACAAAACAAAAAAAAAAAAAACCUUCACGGGAAUGGUACCAAAAUCAUAAAUAAAUGUUAUGCCUAUAAAAUCUAUAAUAAUUAUAAAAAUAAAAAUUAUACGCAUAAAUAUAUUUAUUAAAAUUAUGUUUUAAGAAAUAUUUUAUCAUAAUAAUUAUUUGAAAAAUUUGCUAACUUUUAUACAUACAAUCAUAUACAUACAUACAUAUAUACACUACACUUUCGGUAUAUGGAGAAGAAAAUAAACUCGAUCUUUGAUACAUUGGUUCAAUUUUAAAAUGUAAACAGACAAUUUUGGACAAAUAGACAACCACUCUGGCCGAUCUACCGACUGUGGACUUAAUAUAAAAAAAAUGUAAAACACAAUCAUCGUUUUGAAAUUGAUUUUUAUACAAUUUGUUUUGAAGAGAUUCACCACAAAUAUAUGUACCCACGAAUGAUAAAUAUACAUCAUAUCACUUUUAUACAAACAUGCAACAAAGCCAAUGAAACAAACAGAGAGAUACAAUAAUACAUAAUGAAAAAAUACAAGAAAAAAUAAAUAAAUUUUAUCAUAAUUAAAAAACAUUUUUUUUUUAUUUUUGUUUGCAUAAAUCGCUAACUCGAUAUUCCCCAGAAUAAUAUUUGUAUUUUUCAUUUUUUAGAUCUUUUUUUCAUAUCUUCUGCAAAGGCAGAAGAAAUGCAUAUUUUAUAGAAAGUGGAGAGUGUAUCCGUUUCGAUUUUGUGCGACAUCAGGUCAGAUCAGCAAAUAUACAAUAUAUGUGCCCAUCCCCAGAAAGAGGAAACUCUUUUCUCCCAGCUUCUUAUGAAGCGAAGAGGGCAUCCAUCACCAAACCCCACCAGUCAUAAAAGUCUGAAGAAAGCUUUUGAAACCUAAAAUCAUUUAUAGAUUUCAUUGUCCGAAUGUUCGCAACUGAUCUUAAAUUUAUACAUUUAGAAGGGAUAUAUCCAGACCACUUACUCUGCACUUAAAUUGUGCAUCGCAGGCGUUUUAAUAAUUACGAUUGUACUUUAGUUGCCUAUAGCAGCUUUUCUAUCGGAUAUUCAACAAAAUGUUUAAAAUAAGUGUGUAAAAAAAAUUGGACAUUGAAGAAUAAUAUAUGUUUAAAUCCGUCACGAUUUUUCAUUUGACAUCUAAAGGAUGUAUUUUACCUAAAUUUUUGACCAGAAAAAUACUUAUUUUCUUUGACAGUUUUCACAAAUUUUCUUAUUAAAUAAAAAAUGCAUUUGGAUGUAGCAUUUUACCAUCAUUUCCAUUCCUCCUCUAAAUAUUUGCUUAGAAUAAAAUAUAUCCAAAAUCAUCUUAUAUGGCAUUGCACAUCUUCACACCAUACUACGCCCAUUGUUCGGACAAAAUGUGCUACUACAUUUGAAAUUCACAAAUGCUUCGCAUCACCUCAUCAUAAUUAGUGUCAAAGGAACAGAUCACAGUCUAUCGUCAUAUUUCACCCAACAAGUAAUCAAUCACCCACCCUACCACUGACAAACACACACAUAUCCAUAUGUAAGUAAGUAAGAAAAUUAAAGUUAUUUAAAGACAAACAUUUAUCUCGUGUUAUUGGAAAAAAUUUGAAAAGACUGAGGACUAAAAUCGUCAAAGAGGAACGCUUCUUAACGAACGACCGAUGACCGACCGACCGAUUACUAUAAUGCUAAAUACCUACAUACAUAUAAAAAAGCUGAAUCGAUAUCUUGGCUCAAUAAUGUUAAACUUUUGUAUACAAUUUUCGAAAUAUUGAAAUGAAAUAAUAACCGUAACAAUAACAAUUUAAGUAUUAUGCAAAUUUUGCCCCGUAUUGUAUCAUAGGCUUCAGUAAACUAAAAUCUAACAUAACACCCACACCCUUUGAAAAUUAAAACACAACAACACACAUAACUACUUGGUAAAAUAAUAUGUUUCAAAAACAUUCUUUUGAAGCAAGAUCCCUUUUUAAAAGUAUUUAUAAAUGUUCUUUUAUUUUAUGCAAACACAGUUUUAUAACAACUACCACUACAUACAGACAAAUAUAGCAAAAUAAAAUAUUAUGAGGUAAAUAAAAAGUACCACCGCUUUAUGUAAAACCCA